GGAGAAGGAGCAGCUCGAGCCACUCAUGGAGUCAGUGGGAUUUGCAGAAGAGGAAGAGUUGCUGAAGUGUUUCCGUUGUGACCUGGGCUUCUGGGACGCCUGCUACACCACCGAAACCAACUGCAGCUUCGGCGAGCGGUGCUACACGGGCCGAGGGAAGGCAGCUGAUGUUCUGGAUGUUAAGACUUUGGGUUGUGUGAAGGCAGAGGAGUGCAAUGUGGAGACCAUGGUGGAGCUCUUCCCCGACAAAACUGUGUUCGUCAUGACCAAACACUGCUGUGACACACCGUUCUGCAACUCAGCUCACAAACUUCCCAUCCAGGCUCUCUUGUACCUCACUGUGGCUUUGCUAAUUACCUGGCACAUCAGUGAAGCCUCAGCGGUAUCACAAUAAACAACCUGUAUUUAUUUAUUGAUCUGAAAAAAGACUGUGUGAAGUGAUACUGAAAGGACUU